ACUGUGAAUCAACCGAAAAAGAGUUGGGAGCAACUAAGCACGCGAACUAAAAAUGUUCGCGUAUCUAAAGCAAAAGAUUCUGUCGUUGCGUCGUUAAAGGUCAUUUCUCCUGGAAACCCGGCAGCCCUAUGGGAUGCAAUGAAAAGCUCACAGUCUGUAGAAAAAGCCUUGGACACAGAAAAUCAAUCUCCGUUGGAUAAGAAGUACCUGGAAGCGUUAGCAGAGACCUAUCAGAAUGUAAGUAGUUGGGACACCCGUCGACAGGUGUUGUCAAUAAUGGCUGAUUUGACACCGUACUCUGUUUUGCAGCAAUUUAUUCCUGGCAUCACCGACUACAGAAUCAAAGUAGCUCGCCAACAUUCCAUCGAGCAUGGACGCGGUGUUCCCCGCCUGCCGCCAAGAGCCCUAGACUCAGGGUAGACGAAAUCCAGCUCGAUCAUUUUUUAACAUAGCAAGAACAGCAAGAAGACAACUCGACGGACGACAUCUGCUAUUGGAGAAUAACAGACCUUUAUCUCCUAAACUUUCCGAUUAAUAUGCACUAUCGGCAUCGAUGGAGGUAAGCAUGUUUUGGCUUGUUUUUUUAACUAGGAAUUAUUUUGAAUGAAUAAUAAAACAAUUUUUGAAUUCGGCUUUCGUAUCAUCUGAAGAAUUAUGGAGAUCUUGGAGGGUGUCGGCAGAUAGCCUGUUUAAGAACCUAUACAAAUAGCAUGCUUUUCUAACAUCAAGAUUAGACUUUUGCAAUUCCCUUUUAUAUGGAAUACCCCGGAAAAUUCUCAUAAUUCAGUUCAGAAUGCAGCUGUAAGGGUUGUCACCUCAACAGGCAAAAGAGAACAAAUCACCCCUAUUUUAGAAGGGCUCCACUGGCUGCCAGUUGAACAACGUGUUAUUUUUAAGACAUUAUUAAUAACUUAAAAGGCGCGCUGAAUAAUCUUGCUCCAACUAACCUCUCCGAAUUAGUUAAGCAGUACGUACUGAGUAGGAACCUUAGAUCUUACACUACCAAUCGUCUCGUCAGUAUGUCCUAUAACGGCUAAAAACGUAUGAUUACAGAGCCUUCUGAUCCGCAGUCCCUGCUCUUUGGAACGAACACCCCAGAACUUAAGGUGCUGCCGUUGUCUUAACCAAUUUAAGACGGCUUUUAAUUUAUAAUCAUUCUAGGAUCAUAUUUCCUACAUUUUCUUUUUAUUUGAUUUUAUUCAUAGUUUUAUUCAUUUUUAAAACAAUAUUGUAAAUUUUAGCGCAUAGCUUAAUUUCAUUUUUUAACAGUGCAUUAUUAAAAAGUCAAUUGUUGUUGUAAAGCGCCAUUGGACAGCAAUGGAAAUGGCGCUAUAGAAGUAAAUGUUGUUGUUGUUGUUGUUGUUGUUAAGCUUCAUUACCAGUCCCCACGUGGUCCAAGAUCUACCGUUUGGCCAACGCUACCUGUACCUAUCAAACGGCAAGGUACUCGAAACACCUAAUGCGGUAAGGUCCAUGAUACCACAGCGCAUAAUUGAUCAGUAUAACCAGUUCUGCUUGGAGACGAAUUUUUCUCCGUUCAGCCCGUCCACAAUGUUACGAAUACUGUCAUCGUGUACCGCUACAGUAAGAAAGUCACUUCAAGGACUAGACUACUUUGCCGCUGAAGGAGCAAAAGCCUUUAACGAUUUGCUAAAAUUAGUUGCAAGGACUGGAGACAGACAGUGGGUCGUUAGGUGCGAGCAAGCUCUGAAAGAGGGAAAACAGUAUUUGAAAACGCACUACAAGGUAGAUAUUUUAGAACCAUUUAUAAUAUAAACACUGAGAGGGUAAUCACAUAAAAGAAAUAAAUAUGCAAAGGCGAUCAGUUGAACCCUUAAAAAUUAUUGUAGCUAUGCCUACCUUUUAUGCUUAGUUACCCCUUUUAUACUAUUAAAUAAAUUUAAUUGUAUGACCGCAGUAAAAGAUGUGUGAUAAAUCGUGUCUAGUUCUUUGGCCAAUCAUAGGUUGAUGAUUUCUUCUUUAAGAUGUCGAAUUCAAAAUUUACCCAGAAAUUUCAAAAACACAAUGAAGAAAUUCUUCUUUGUAGAUAUAGCUCAUUAUUUUUGUUCUGACUACUUUCUCGCAGGUUCAUAUCACCAGAGCAUCCAGUAUCCCCGACCACUGUAGUGCGUACGCCCUAACUGAUACAAAAGAAGAGUGUCUUCGAGAAAUGUGUGACCACGCCCACGACAAGAGUUGUCCCUUUUGUGAUCGGCUGAAAGACACUUUAAAAGAAAUUGAGUUGAAUUUGAUCGAAGCGAACCUGGAUGAAGAAGACCGGGAUGACGUCAUGUACUCGUUUCAGCAAGCUUAUACAGCAAUAGAAGCUUGGAAGGCUCAUCAACUGAGAUCUAUUCAACAGGAUAAGGCCCGCUUAAACAUCAUAGAUACCCUGGCAGAAAGUUCAGUGUUAAUCACUCAAGACUGGGCGAUGAAAUUCUUGCCCCGAAAGUACCGGGAAACCCAAGCCGACUGGUUUGCUAAAAGAGGAAUCUCUUGGCAUAUCAGUACCGUCGUACGUCGAAAGGGAAACCUGCAACACCAAGCAUUUGUCCACAUUGCGAAGAAUUGUAACCAAGACAGUGACGCGGUGGUAAGCGUUUUACGCCACACCUUGCAGCAGCUCAAAAUUGACCAUCCUGAAACAACAACUGCCUUUCUCCGCCAGGACAAUGCUGGAUGUUAUCACAGUGUAGCCAUGUUAGCUGCCUGUGGACUUAUGGAGAAAGCAACGGGAAUUAAAGUAGAAAGAGUUGAUUUUAGCGACCCGCAAGGCGGUAAGGGGCCCUGUGACAGAAAGGCGGCCACAAUUAAAGCUCACGUUUUAAGGUAUCUCAACGAAGGUCACGAUGUGGUCACUGCAGAAGACUUCCGAGAUGCAAUGCUCUCUCAUGGUGGUGUUAGAGGUGUUCGGGUGGCUUUGAUCGACAUGUCCAUCGUGCGUCCAACGUCUCUGCGUGGGAAAUUAGAGGGAGUUAGCAGCCUUAACAACUUCUAUCUGGGAGACCGAGAGCUCACAGCGUGGAAAGCAUUUGACGUGGGUAAAGGAAAGAAAGUACCAUGGACACAACUGGAAGGUCAGACAUCUUAGAAGCUAUAGAUAACUAACUCAUAAUUUUGGCACUAGUUUUGUUAUAACGUAGCGUAACUGAAUAGACAUCAAUGCGAACUACAAGAGAUAGCUGCAACGCUGUUAAUUUUAAAGUAGGUUGAGAACUGUUGUAAUUUCAGCAUGCCCAUUCACUAGGCUUAAAAAGGUAACUACACAAUACUUUUGAAGUAACGUUUGUUUUAGUGAGAUUGAGCAUCCAUAAUCCGCUACUGAAGUUUUUUGAUAAAAAAUUCUGAAGGCCUUUCUCUUUUAAUAUUUUUUUCUUUCGUUAUUUAGUUGAAAUAGGCCCGCUAGAGGAACCAGUUUUCACACAUUGUUCAUUUUCCCAAGGAGACUUUCAAGAUGUCUCUUCAUGUGACAACGCCCAGGCCUCUAAUAAUAGAAAGGAAGAGUCGCCGACAAAAGAGGAAAGUGUUGUUUCCGCUGACCACGAAAGCCCGCUCUUUUAUUGUCCAGUGGAGGGAUGCGUAAGCACCUUUCAGCGCCACUAUAAUCUUGAGCGCCACUUGCAUUAUGAAAAAUGCCAGUUUCUCGAGGAGAAACACAGCCUCUUAGACAAGGCGAAGAUGAUGUACUUCGAAAAACUCGAAGAAGGUGCCAGUGCACAGCCUUUUGUAGCGGGCUCAGUUGUGGUAGAAAAGAGGGCGGGGCAUCUGCUAUCACCGGGUUGGGCCCUACGUUCAACUAAAAAAAGUUCUAGAUUCAAUUUCAAGCAGAAGAAUUACUUAAACGAAAAGUUUAAGAUCGGUGAACAAACUGGACAUAAAACAGACCCGGAAGACGUGGCUAGAGAUAUGAGGCACGCAAAAGAAGAAGAUGGCAGCCGCAUGUUCACACCAGCUGAAUUCCUUUCACCUCAGCAAAUUAAAUCCUAUUUUUCAAAAGCUGCAGCGAAUUUACGUCAGUCCGAAAGUUGCGAUGAUGCUGAUGAGUGCGAUGUUCAAGCCGUUGAAGAGGAAGAUUUAUACUCUUCUGUGCGCACUCAUAUAAUCCAGGAAUGCCAGCUUGUUCAUUCAGUCAUGUAUGACACGUACAAUCUGUGUGAAAUGUGCGAACAAAGGAAACUGACCAAGCUCAGCGUGUCAAUGUUACGUUUAAUAUGCUGUUUUUUUUAUCUGAAGUGCGAAGGUGUUUCACUGAAACGUAAAGCACCUUAA